AACACUAGCUAUCUAUGAUGGCCGUCGAUUGGCUGUCGGACGAGUGUAGGGCUUUUAUGUAAAUAAAUUUUGUGGAUAGCAGUUUACUCGAUGUUAGUUUAAUAUUAAGUAAUAAUUCUUAAGCAUGGGAUUACGGGGCUGACAGUGAUAUAAUUGAAAGCAGUCCCCGGCUUCGCCUGAUCUCGCCCGCACCGCUCCUCGGCCGGUGAAACAUGGCACAGGUGGGCGCCAACAUGGAAUACCAAGAGUACAAGUGGGCCUACUCAAUCAUGGACUCCUCCAAAGUGUCAGCGUGCCUGAUCUCAAUGUUGCUGAUCGUCUACGGCAGCUUCCGCUCGCUGAACAUGGAGAGAGAGGCCAGGGAGCGCGCGGAGCGCGAGCGGGAAGCGUCGCUUCUGGGAGGCACCAAACCUCCGCCCAGCCAGGCUCACAGCAACGUGCAGACCCUCAACACGAUGCAGGCGCUGUGCUUCCCCCUGGGCUCGUCGGUGGCGCUGCUCGUCAUGUUCUUCUUCUUUGAUUCCAUGCAGACGCUCGUCGCAAUCUGCACUGCCAUAAUCGCGUGCGCGGCGCUGGCGUUCCUCCUGACGCCGCUGUGCCAGUACGUGGCGGGCGGCACGGGCUCGCGCGCCGUCUGCGGCCGCUACUCGGCGCCCGAGCUGGCCGCCGCCCUGCUCGCCGCCGGCAUCGUGGCCGUCUGGGUGCUCACCGGCCACUGGCUGCUCAUGGACGCUAUGGGCAUGGGCCUCUGCGUGACCUUCAUUGCUUUAAUCCGGCUCCCCUCACUGAAAGUGUCCACCCUGCUGCUCACGGGGCUGCUGCUGUACGACGUGUUCUGGGUGUUCUUCAGCUCCUACAUCUUCACCACCAAUGUCAUGGUCAAGGUCGCCACCAGGCCGGCGGAGAACCCCAUGAACGUGGUGGCGCGGCGCCUGCAGCUGGGCGGCGCCAUGCGCGACGCGCCCAAGCUGUCGCUGCCCGCCAAGCUCGUGUUCCCCUCCAUGCACCACCAGGGACACUUCUCCAUGCUCGGUCUGGGCGACAUCGUGAUGCCGGGUCUGCUGCUAUGCUUCGUGCUCCGCUACGACGCGUACAAGAAGGCCACGCUCGUGUGCCAGAUGGGGCAGGUGCCCGGACCCCGCUCCAUGGGUUCCCGGCUGACGUACUUCCACUGCUCGCUGCUCGGCUACUUCCUGGGGCUGCUGACGGCCACGGUGUCGGCCGAGGUGUUCAAGGCGGCGCAGCCCGCGCUGCUGUACCUCGUGCCCUUCACGCUGCUGCCGCUGCUCACCAUGGCCUACGUGAAGGGCGAUCUCCGGAGAAUGUGGAGCGAGCCGUUCAUCGCGCCCACCGGCAAGGGCGGCGCCGACUUCGACGUGUGACUGCCUCGCCGCCGCCCAGGCGGGUAGGACUCCACCUCACACACCUCCGCUAACGGGUACCUCCCAUUCAUGAACACUCU